AUGACUGCAAGGCAGCGGACUUCGACAAAAAUUUGGAUUCCUCAUUCAACUGAGCCUAAUUGUUCUAUUGUGGGCAUCCUAGAGCAGCUGACACCGGGCCAGCCAACCAACGGCAAGAAGAUCGCUCUGAUUCUCCAUGGUUCUGCGGGGCACAAGGACUAUCUGUUUCACAAGCACCUCGGGAUUCGCCUUCCUUUAGAUUUGUUUCGCUUUGAUUUUCGUGGUUGCCAUGAGACGCCCGGGACUUGGCGGCAAGGCAGUUUGGAGGACGACGUGGUCGAUAUCGGCGUUGUCGUCGAUUACCUCGAGAAAACAUUUGGUUAUCAAGUUGAUUUGGUCGUAGGGCACUCCAGAGGGUCUAUAGUUGGCAUCCAUUGGCUCUGCACCUCCGAAGUCGGAAAGAAGGUAUCAGGAUUUGUCAAUGUCUCUGGGCGAUACCGUAUGCGUGUCGCAGAAACUGCUCUGGCAAAGAAGUGGACAGAGAGCUUCCUUUCCCAAGAAUAUCACAUCUGGACGCCCACAGUGGCGAGGAAGGUUCUCUCGAUCAAGAUUUAUCCGGAAGACGUUGAAAAUUUCUGCAAGUUUGAUACAUCAUUAGUAUGGGACAGAUUCCCUCAAGGCACUGAUGUCCUAACCAUACAUGGGUUGUCGGACAUGCAGGUUCCACCAUACGAGGCCGUUAUCUAUGCCAGGGCACUGAGCAACCGAGACCCCGGGACUCACUCGCUUCAUCUCAUGGAAGACGCAGAUCAUAAUUUUAUUGGACGACAGGACGAGGUGGUUGCAGCGAUUCUAGAAUGGUGGAGUGCUCACGAACGCGGGGAUCUCCAAUCAGGUAUAUGGAGAGGGGCGGCGGCGGGUCUUAGAGGCAGGAUGUAA